UAGCGUCGGCCUUUUCUUCCGGGCUUCUAUGGCGUCGGCGAAGGGAAUCGAAGCGGCCAACACGAUUAGGGUUUCGGACAUGGAGAAGAUGAGCGUGGAUCAGCUCCGAGUCCUAAAGGAGCAGUCUGAUAUCGAGGUCAAUCUCCUACAGGAUAGCCUUAACAAGAUCAGGACAGCUGCCACCCGUCUCGAGAUCGCAUCCACUGCCCUCCACGACCUGUCUCUCCACCCUCAAGGUAAGAAGAUGCUUGUACCUCUCACGGCGUCUCUCUACGUCCCGGGAAUCCUUGACGACGCUAAGAAGGUCCUUGUUGAUGUUGGAACCGGUUAUUUUAUUGAGAAAACUAUGGCAGAAGGGAAAGAUUACUGUGAGCGGAAAAUCAAUUUACUGAAAUCUAAUUUUGAAGAACUUGUCGAGAUGACUUCAAAGAAGAAAAGCGUAGCAGAUGAUCUAGGGCUGAUCCUGCAUGCCAAGCUAAGGCAAUCAUCUCCAAGCUCAUGAACACACUCAUUUGUUGCAUCUUUGUUACAGCUUUGCUCAAGUUCUAAGAACAUCAGGAAUGGCUUUAGUUGUUGUCGCCUUUAAUAUUUUGCGAAUAUUGUUUCUAAUAGUUUACGAAUUUAUAUUGAAUCAGACAAUGUAAGAUUUAAUAAUCAGUAUUCUUAAAAAAAAAUUUGGUGGUUUAAUUGUAGA